AUGGAGAGUCCGACGGUUGGCACAAUGGGACGUGCGCCAGCGAACCAACAACUUGGUUCAUCUCCUUCUCGACUUAAUCACAGAAGAGCUCAGUCACUUGAUGAGUGUCGCUCACUUCGAAUGGACUCGAAGAAUUCAUCACGAUCACUUUUGUGGCUGCCAAGCGUGAGGCGUCAGCGACCCACCCCCCCCGUCUUCAUCCGGAGCGACGAUGAUAGCGACCGAGCCUUGUCUUCACUCCCUUCCGCCAAGCUCGGAGUUUCUAAAAUCUCGCCAGCGAGAUCAGUUCAUGCUUAUGAGGAAUCUAAGGAAGAUGCAGUUGGUAAGCGUUCUGCGGAUGAGAGUUCUGUCACCAGAACACGUUGGUCUGAGUUGCCGAGAGCAGAACAGAAUCGAGGGCCAACAAGGCGGAAUUCACAGCAUAUUGCCGGACAAUAUGAACAAUGCAUGGACAAAAGUCGAAAACCCUCUGAACGGUCAUUUUCCCCAUUCUCUGACUCUGCUGUCACUAUGAUGCAAGACGGCUGCUUGGAACGUCUGGUUGUGACUCCCUCGCUAGGCCAUCAUGACGCCUGGACACAGUCAGUACAGCUCAUGAUCAAGGAAACAGCAGACGCCUUUGAAGCAGUUCACGAGAAUAUGGACGAUACGAGUUUGACGUCAUGGUUACACGACUUGCCAGAGACGUCAGAAACGACGGGGGGGCCGGAAACGCCGGCUGAUUUUGAUGCUCUUCAUACCACUACUCAACAUCACCAAGAAGACAAAACAAGCAAUCGACCUACUCUCUCCAAGAGAACUAAAUCACCUAUAGACAAGCCCCUUCCCCUGUGCCCCGAGACACAAACUAUGAAUUCGCUGAAGAAGGAAUCAAAAAAAGUCUCCCAGCCCCGUACUUCGCAGCCAACCAAACCCGCCAGAUGGGCGGUAUCAAAUGGCGUUGCUCAGCUCUUCUCUGGCACACGCUUCAAGCGCGUACAAGCCGAUGAGAUGCUGACUCCAGAGAAGCUCGAAGAGGUGCGAGCCAGACGUACACAUAAAGACCAGCAGCCGUCGUCGUUUGAGGGGCGAGACUCAAGCGAUUCGUCUGAUAGUGCCUGGUCGCGGCAGACCACGACAAGUUCCGCCAAGAGCAACAAGAACAACAGCAACGCAGAGAGGCCAUCAGUAUUGCCGCUUGACGAAGCUGUUAUCCAUGCAGACUUUUCCUUACCCAGCAUGUCAAUGCAAAAGUCUGCCAUACCACGAGCGCGUCACGAAAGCGACACCAUCGUAGUCACAAGUAACGUUUACCCCCUAAACCCGCCUCCUAAGAACCCCCAGAGAUUCGUUUUCACGAAUACCAAGGCACGACUUCCGACUAUACCAGAAGUCGAAUCCGACGACGAGCUUGAGGAGCCAGCGGGCCGGCCGAGUGUUGAUCACAGCGUCCGAUCUCAAGAUAGUGGUGACUUGGUCUAUCUUCCCGGCACGCAGCUGUCUACUGUUAACUCUUCCUUCAAGCACGGUCGAAUUGCCUGCCAAAUCGCAGAUUCAUAUGUCAACUCGGAUGAGGAGAUGGAUGAUUCCAUCGACAGUGGUGCCUACCAAAUAGCUAUCCAGGGCCUUACAAGCGGCGACUCGCGAACGGCCACGUAUGACGAUGAUGAGAAUGACCUGGCUGAUGACAUGACAGCUUGGUUCUCAACAUUUGGCUUUGAAACCCACGGCGAACUCAUUCCGGAUGGGGCGGCUUCACCAUGGAGUCUCUCAUCACACAGCAUCACAUCUACAUCCCCAUCUACGGUCAGCGGGGACACAGAGGCUCCCGUCCCAGUUAGUUCCGAAGACGGCUACACAUUUGCAGAGCCCAUUCGCUUCUUCCGAAGUCAUGCACCUCCAAGAAAGUGGACGCCAGAGGAGGACUCGGCCAAGCACUAUACUUUGCGAUAUCCCCAGGGUCAGUCAUUCAGGCUGAAGUCAGCCCCAUUGGUGGUAGGGGACGGCGAGAGAGACUGCGUGUCUGAACAGGUAGCCGAGUCGGCGGACCUGAGUGCAAGCAUGAAGCAAGACAUUGCAGCACUUUUGAGAUGGAUGGCGGCAGGAGGAGAGUAA